AUAUUUGCGAAGUUGAAGUAUUUCGAGGUGGAAGUUGCUUCUCUGCGGUUGUAAAUUGUACAUGUGUUCAUGUGAGAGUACACGCAUCCAUGAAUGUCUGAUGAAGCGAAUGAAGAGCCAGCGAAGGAACUAGAAAAUGAAGAAAACAAAAACAAUUCCUUCGAAGAGCCUGCGAAAAAAGAAGAAAAAGUGGUUAAAAUUGGCGAUAAACCUGAAGUAAAAAACGAAGCGCAGCCCGGAGUUAACAUUGACGAUGAACCUGAAAAGGCAGAAAACACCCUCAGGUCUCCAAAGCCAAGGAGGAAAGGCGGGAAAAAGCGAAGUGAUAAGAAAGAUAAUUUAAAUGAUCCAGCCAAUAAUUUCGAAAAAACUACAAAUCGACCGGACCACAAAACAUCUUCAGGAUCUUCGAACUCCGAGGCAGAACUGACUCCAGUUCCGUUCAAAGUCAGAUUAAAAGUACUGAUUACGAAGAACUUUCUCUUAAUGACAAGUAACGUACGUCUGUUUGUGUUUCAAAUCGUUUGGCCGAUUAUAGUAUUUGCAGUCUUGUUAAUUGCUAUACAUCUAGCAAUGGAUGACGUCGACAAUAUCAUUAGGCCGAAUUGUUUCGUUAGGCCGAAAGCGUUGCCUUCAGCUGGUCUGAUGCCGUUUCUCUUUUCAUUCAUGUGUGCCAGGCAGAAUCUGUGUGAUAUGCAACCGAAGGAGCCUUUCGGGACUGACGCGCCAUUUGCUGAGAUUUGGAAGUUGUUCACUCAAGUAGUAGUCAAGGAAGGCCAGACACUGAGGGCAUUACUCGAACCCCAACAGGAUAACAUCGAAUGGCUGAAGGGUUCAGGCGUCUAUGAUUUGUUCAGUCGGGGGGCCUUCUUCAACACCUCUGAAAUGUCGAAGACGGAGCAGUCCCUUCCACGUGGAGUGCUUGAGGCACUCAGUGAUUCCAACUUCAGUGGGUCCAAAUUCCUCAUUGAAUCCAAAGACGCAAAAAACGUCACUCAAUUAAUACAGUACUUGGCAACUAAUGGCUUCGUUGUGGGAGUCUUACUGCGACGUUGGACUUCUAGUGGGCUAUACAUACGACAAAAGCCGAGCUAGCAAGGAGAGAGUUUGGAGCUCUCUUCAAGCACCAGCCUCAGCAGUUGCCAAAGACUUACUGUCAGACCCAACUGGUUUGAACAAGAUCACAGAUAUGAUGAAUAUGUUCACGUCCCUGGACUACCUGGACGCUUCUGCGAACUUCUUUGGCGCUCUGUACCAGAUUUCUCUGCUGCUAGAAUCCGCAAUG